AUAUAUCAUCCACCCCAAAUUCGAUUCCCCACUGCCAAUUUCUCUGCGUCUUCUUGACUCCUCAGUCUCUCUCUCUUGGUUACUUCGAUAAGAAACAAAAAAGCAACUAAUGCUCACAUUCCUAUAACAGUAUAACUCCUCCCUGUCCAGUCCAUCCCUCUCUCCCACACAGCAAAAUCAUGGCUUCUUCAUCCCCAUCUUUUCUCUUCUCUCUCCUUUCUCUGUUCUCCCUUUUCUCCUCCAUUUCUUCAUUGCCAACCAUUACAGUCCCUCUCUCACAAUUCAACAACAAUCCAUCUCCAGAUCCAUGGGAGAAGGUCGCCCACCUCGUCUCCGCCUCUUUACUCAGAGCCCAACACAUCAAAAGUCCACCUGACACCCAUCCCACCAAAACUCCUCUGUUCGCUCGUAGCUAUGGUGGCUAUUCAAUUCCGCUCAGCUUCGGUACUCCCGCUCAAACCAUCCCUUUUGUCAUGGAUACUGGUAGUGAUCUGGUCUGGUUCCCUUGCACCCAUCGCUAUCUCUGCAAGAAUUGUCCUUUCUCAAGUCUGAAUCUCACGACUGACCCAAUUUUCAUCCCUAAAGCAUCCUCCAGUGCGAAGGUUUUGGGCUGCAAAAACCCAAAAUGUGGUUGGAUUCACGACCCAGAUGUUCAAUCCAGAUGCAGAGACUGCGACCCCAAUUUGAGUAACUGUACACAGAUCUGCCCACCUUACGCAAUUAUCUAUGGUUCAGGUUCGACGGCUGGGAUUUUACUCUCAGACAUACUCGAUUUUCCCGAAACAAAGGUACCCGAUUUCAUUGUCGGAUGCUCGCUUUUCUCCUCCCGUCAACCCUCGGGAAUCGCCGGCUUCGGUCGUGGGUCACCCUCAUUACCCUCCCAGCUCGGUCUGAAGAGGUUCUCCUACUGUCUUGUCUCUCACCGCUUCGACGACACCACCGAAAGCAGCACCCUUGUGUUGCACGGUGGGUCAGAUUCCGACGGCGGAAAGACUAAAGGCCUUACAUACACCCCGUUCGCGAAGAACCCAACCACCGGAAGACACGCAUUCUCCGUCUACUACUACGUCGGCCUCAGAAAAAUCACCGUCGGCGGAAAACGCGUCAGGAUCCCGUACGAUUAUCUCACGUUGGGAGCGGACGGCAAUGGUGGAACGAUUAUAGAUUCUGGGUCGACGUUCACCUUCAUGGAGAGGCGAGUGUUCGACUUGGUCGCAGGGGAAUUCGAGAACCAGGUAUCUCAUUACCGCAGAGCAACUGAUAUGGAAACCAUGACUGGGUUGCGUCCCUGUUUCAAUGUAUCGGCCGAAAAGACAAUAUCUCUGCCGGAAUUGGUUUUUCACUUCAAAGGAGGUGCGGAGAUGGCUUUACCGUUGGCGAAUUAUUACUCCUUCUUCGGUAAGGCAGGCGUGGUUUGCAUGACAAUCGUGUCGGAUGACGUUGUCCCCGACACAGGCGUAUCGGGCGGACCGUCUAUUAUACUGGGGAACUAUCAGCAGCAAAAUUUCUACGUGGAGUACGAUCUGGAGAACGACAGGUUAGGGUUUAGUCAACAGAUUUGUUGAAUAUCGGAGGAUGUCGGCUUCGUCUAGAUGCCGGUACGUUACGUUACGUCAUUUUGCUGCACUGAUACGUGUAAAAUUCCCUACAAGAAUUGUUGUAUUUCUGCCACGUGGAGGAUUGGCCACAUGGUAAAAUCAUCACUCCAUAGUGUCUAGAGUAAUAUUGGCCGUUGAUAUUGUAAUUAUUAUUUUUAAACCCAUUAACGUUUUUGCGUUGGAUUCCAAUCAGACAGUCGAGAGCUCGUGCUUUGAUUGAUAAGAUGUUGUAGGAUACUUAAUAAGCCCUCAGCCCCGGUGGCAUGUGGUCAAUUAUUUCUGAGUUGAUUCCAAUCGGACGGUUCUGGGUAACAUGGAUUGCGUUGCAAUUGUAAGGAUGCUAUAUUUGCUAUCAUGGCUGUAGUGCUCUUUGUUUUGAGCCAAGUCGUCGAUACAGAAUAACAGAAGCACUCUUUGUUUUGGGCCGUAUGGUUGGACUCUAGUGAAAGUGGACCAUGAUACAAAAGGCUAGUUAACGGAUGUGGCGCAUGUUUGUUUUGGGCCUUGGGCCCAUUGUUGAUGACACUUUGUUUGACGUUGCUAUGUGAUUGUUGGUUGGUUCUAUGGACUAUUUUGUUGAAGGCAAAUGCAUAAAUAAUUGACAUUCACAUGGA